AAGAAGAAGAGGACAUGUUGGAGGUGACACAAGAAGAAGAGGACAUGUUGGAGGUGACACAAGAAGAAGAGGACAUGUUGGAGGUGACACAAGAAGAAGAGGACAUGUUAGAGGUGACACAAGAAGAAGAGGACAUGUUGGAGGUGACACAAGAAGAAGAGGACAUGUUGGAGGUGACACAAGAAGAAGAGGACAUGUUGGAGGUGACACAAGAAGAAGAGGACAUGUUGGAGGUGACACAAGAAGAAGAGGACAUGUUGGAGGUGACACAAGAAGAAGAGGACAUGUUGGAGGUGACACAAGAAGAAGAGGACAUGUUAGAGGUGACACAAGAAGAAGAGGACAUGUUAGAGGUGACACAAGAAGAAGAGGACAUGUUAGAGGUGACACAAGAAGAAGGAGGACAUGUUGGAGGUGACACAAGAAGAAGAGGACAUGUUAGAGGUGACACAAGAAGAAGAGGACAUGUUGGAGGUGACACAAGAAGAAGAGGACAUGUUAGAGGUGACACAAGAAGAAGAGGACAUGUUGGAGGUGACACAAGAAGAAGAGGACAUGUUGGAGGUGACACAAGAAGAAGAGGACAUGUUGGAGGUGACACAAGAAGAAGAGGACAUGUUGGAGGUGACACAAGAAGAAGAGGACAUGUUGGAGGUGACACAAGAAGAAGAGGACAUGUUGGAGGUGACACAAGAAGAAGAGGACAUGUUAGAGGUGACACAAGAAGAAGAGGACAUGUUAGAGGUGACACAAGAAGAAGGAGGACAUGUUGGAGGUGACACAAGAAGAAGGAGGACAUGUUGGAGGUGACACAAGAAGAAGGACAUGUUGGAGGUUCCUGAGGACACAAUCAGACCAGGUGUGCUCUCACCUCCACGUCCAGCUCCAGGAUGUCAGUGUCCGUGUGUAGGAGCUGACACAGGUUAGGUUUAGUGCGGCCAAAGUCUCCGUGGACAAACUCCUUGAUGUAUCUGUCAUGUGACCGUUGAGGAGGAACAUCUUUAACACGCUGCACGCCUUUUUCAAAUAUUGUCACAACAUAAAACAUUAAAGAAAGCUUUCUUCAACAAAAAGGGCAUAACAUCAUAAAAACUUAUGUAGGAAUAAAUCUUAAGAAAAAAAAAUGUUGAUCUGUUUUUAACAUUUUAAUUAAUCCUUAGGGUCAUUUUUUAAACAGUCAUUGCUCAAAAAAUAAUGAAUACAAAUCAAUGUUAUGAAGUAUUGAUCUACUUAAGGCUCCAAUUACUAAUCAAAUAUUAUCUUUAAACUUUGAAAUGUUUUUUUGGGGGAAAAUAUUGCUUUUUUUUUUUUUCUUCAU